AUGUGUGAUAAGUGUGGGAAAGGAUUCAAUUGGAAGUCAAUUCUUCACAAUCGUAGGGGAUUUCACAUUGGAGAGGAGCCUUAUAUAUGUAAGGGGCAUAGGAAAGGGUUAGUUCAUAAAUCAAAGCUUAAUGAUCAACAGAAGGUCCACUCUGAAGAAAAGCCCUUUAUAUGCAAUGAGCAUGGGAAGAGUUUCACCCAAAGGUCAAUAUUUUAUACUCAUCAGACAAUUCACACUAGAGACAAACCUUAUAAAUGUGAUGAAUGUGGGAAAUCAUUUAGUAGUAAAUCAAUACUUGAAUAUCACCUGAAACUCCACACUUCAGAGAAACCCUACACAUGCAAGGAAUGCAAGAAAGGAUUCAUAAAAAAGUCAAAUCUUCAUGAACAUCAGAGAGUCCACACUGGAGAGAAGCCCUAUACAUGUAACGAGUGUGGGAAAGGAUUCAUAAAAAAGUCAAAUCUUCAUGAACAUCAGAGAGUCCACACUGGAGAGAAACCCUAUAUAUGUGAUGGGUGUGGGAAAGGAUUCAGAUGGAAGUCAAAUCUUCAUGAACAUCAUAAAAUUCACACUAGAGAGAAGCCGUAUAUAUGUAAUGAGUGUGGGAUAGGAUUCAGACAGAAGUCAAAUCUUCAUGGACAUCAGAUAAUCCACACUGGAGAGAAACCCUAUGUAUGUGACAAGUGUGAAAAAGGAUUCACACGGAAGUCAAAUCUUCAUGAACAUCUGAAAGUCCAUGCUGGAGAGAAGCCCUAUAUCUGUAAUGAGUGUGGGAAAGGAUUCUUUCAUAAUUUAAAUCUUCAGGAACAUCAGAGAGUCCACACUGGAGAGAAGCCCUAUAUAUGUGAUGAGUGUGGAAAAGGAUUCUUUCGUAAUUCAAAUCUCCAGGAACAUCAAAGAGUCCACACUUCAGAGAAGCCCUACACCUGCAAGGAAUGCAAGAAAGGAUUCAUAAAAAAGUCAAAUCUUCAUGAACACCAGAGAGUCCACACUGGAGACAAACCCUAUAUAUGUGAUGAGUGUGGGAAAGGUUUCAUAAAAAAGUCAAAUCUUCAUGAACAUCUGAGAGUUCACACUGGAGAGAAACGCUACAUCUGUGAUGAGUGUGGGAAAGGAUUCAUAAAAAAGUCAAAUCUUCAUGAACAUCAGAGAGUCCACACUGGAGAGAAAUCCUACAUAUGUGAUGAGUGUGGGAAAGGAUUCAUUAAAAAGUCAAAUCUUCAUGAACAUCAGAGAGUCCACACUGGAGAGAAGCCCUAUAUAUGUGAUAAAUGUGGGAAAAGAUUUAUUCGUAAUUCAAAACUUCAGGAACAUCAGAGAGUACACACUGAAGAGAACGCCUAUAUAUGUAAUGAGUGUGGAAAGGGAUUCCGAUGGAAGUCAAAUCUUUAUAGACAUCAUAAAAUUCACAUGAGAGAAGCCCUAUCAGCUGCUAGCAGCAUCGUCAUUAGAGGUGUGGAUAACACCUUCCAUCAUGAGUCCCCUGGAGCUGUCCUAGAACCCUAUAUUGCUGAGAAGAGCCAAGUCCAAGAAAGUUAA